CUCCCUCCGUCUCUCUCCUCAGGCUGCCCUUUCGGAGCUUCUCUCUCUCGAGCUCGCGCACGCAAAAAAUUCCCCUUUUGACUAAAAGUUUUUCACAGCUAAUUUCCAUUUGAUUUUGAUCUCUCCAUUCACUUAAAACUGUAUUUAUCAUUUGUGGGUCGCCAACAAUCGGAAUCACUUCGGCUUAUGUGGUUUUUGCUAUUGGGUAUGGUGCUUUGAUCAGUAUUAGGGUUUUCUAAGAGAUGGGUACAGCGUCAGACUCUGAAAAGGUUGCGGAGAAAUCUGAAAAAUGGAAGAACUUGAAUAAGAAGAAGAAUGAUAGGAAAGAUUUCGAUGAGAGAGAAGGUGGGUUUUGGUUCAGAAUCAAGUUCAUGUUCGGUUGCAUCUCUUCUAGAUCAAAGGUUGACAGCUCAAUGAGUGCCACCACCAUCACUGCAGCAGAAGCCAAACCUGUUAACGAGAAGCAAAAAGAUCAACCAGUUCCCUCUACGGCUAAUAGCAAUGCAGAGAGCACGAGCUCGACCCCUCUAAUGAGUGGGGAACUGAAGAUUUCUUCUCAACUGAGGAAGUUCAUGUUCAACGACCUCAAGUUAGCCACUAGGAAUUUCAGACCGGAGUCUCUUCUGGGCGAGGGCGGGUUUGGUUGCGUCUUUAAAGGAUGGAUAGAAGAGAAUGGGACUGCUCCUGUCAAGCCCGGAACCGGUCUGACAGUGGCUGUUAAAACUCUGAACACAGAUGGGCUUCAGGGUCACAAGGAAUGGCUUGCCGAGAUUAACUUCCUUGGGAACCUUGUACACUCCAACCUAGUUAAGUUGGUUGGAUAUUGCAUUGAAGACGAUCAGAGGCUCCUGGUCUACGAGUUUAUGCCUCGGGGAAGUUUAGAGAACCACCUUUUCAGGAGAACACUGCCCCUUCCUUGGGCUGUCAGAAUGAAAAUCGCACUUGGUGCCGCAAAAGGUCUUGCCUUUCUCCACGAGGAAGCCGAAAAACCAGUCAUAUAUCGUGAUUUCAAAACGUCGAAUAUCUUACUAGAUGCGGACUAUAAUGCGAAACUGUCAGAUUUCGGUCUUGCAAAAGAUGCUCCAGACGAGGGAAAAUCCCAUGUAUCAACCCGAGUCAUGGGAACUUAUGGUUAUGCUGCCCCCGAAUAUGUAAUGACUGGGCACCUGACAUCCAAGAGUGACGUUUACAGCUUCGGAGUAGUGUUACUAGAAAUACUAACUGGGAGAAGAUCCAUGGAUAAAAACCGUCCAAACGGGGAACAAAACUUGGUUGAAUGGGCGAGACCGCAUCUCCUAGACAAGAAACGUUUCUACCGGUUGUUAGAUCCUCGGUUAGAGGGUCACUUCUCGAUCAAAGGUGCCCAGAAGGCUACACAGCUCGCCGCCCAAUGCCUUAGCCGGGACUCGAAAGCUAGACCCAAGAUGAGCGACGUGGUUGAAGCCUUGAAGCCAUUACCGGGUCUCAAAGACUUUGCCAGCUCGUCUUAUUCAUUCCAAACGAUGCAGCCCGUUGUCAAGAACGGGUUCAGGACUCAAGGGGGAGGGUUUGUGUCGAGAAAUGGACAGCCUUUGAGGAGCUUAUCUAGCUUGAACCUUCCUCAAGGAUCGCCUUAUAGGAAUUCACGUCAGUCGCCAAAGCCCAAGGGAAAAGAACCAUGACUCCUCCCACCACAUAUUACAUAUUCAGAGAAUCUGACUGACUUGACAAGCUUUUACCUCAUCGGGAAGGCCAUCCCCUCCUGUUUCAUGAUUGGUGAAGGUGAAGGUGAGAGAUCUUUGCUUGGGUUUGUAUCAUGGAAGCUGGCAAAUGUCUCAUCAUCAUGUCUCUGAUGGUGAAAAAAGAAAGAAGGAUGUUUUUGUUUUGUGAAAUUGUUUGUAUGUGCAGGGUGAUGUAAAGUUUGACAGAGAAUGUAAAAAGUUCCUUGAAGAAUCUUGUGGCUUUGAUUUGCUC